GCAAAGUGACAGGUAAGCAGAGGUCAACGAAGACUCAUUCCGCGUGUCCACACUUUGUGUUGUGUGUAUACAUUUUUAUGCGUUGUAUCUAUACAUUUAUUUAUCACUUUCGUUUCUGUUAUCGGAAAAAUUAUCAGGCGCGGUUAGAUCUAAAAAUGGCGGAUGAGAAAUACAAUCGCAAAAAUCCAUCGGUGAAGAGGAUUUUGCAGGAGCUGAAAGAGAUGCAGAAUGAUCCUUGCGAUGAUUUCAUGAGUCUUCCUCUCGAGGAGAACAUUUUUGAAUGGCAGUUUGCAAUCAGGGGACCUAGUGAAACAGAAUUUGAGGGAGGAAUAUAUCAUGGAAGAAUUCAGUUGCCAUCAGAAUACCCUUUUAAGCCUCCUUCAUUUAUGCUAUUGACUCCGAAUGGCCGAUUUGAAACCCAAACCAAGAUAUGUUUAAGCAUAUCAAAUCAUCAUCCUGAGCACUGGCAACCAUCAUGGAGUGUUCGUACAGCUUUAACAGCACUAAUCGCAUUUAUGCCCACCAAUCCAAAUGGUGCAUUGGGUUCAUUGGAUUAUAAGAAAGAAGAAAGGCGUGUUCUUGCACUUAAGUCUCGUGAGGCUGCACCAAAGUUUGGGAAUCCUGAACGUCAAAAGCUAAUUGAUGAGAUUCAUGAAUGUAUGCUGAGCAAAGCACCACCCGUUCCUGAACUUGGUUCUGCCCAGGAUGCUGAAGAAGACUCUACAGUGGAAGAGGCAGAUCCUCAACUUACUGCUGUGCAAGCUGAAACUGAAGAAGUCCAUAAUCCUGUUGUAGAUAAUAUAGAUGAUAGGAUUGUCGAGCAACAAGAUGACGCUCCUUUAAAUGCAAACCCUGUCUCUGAAAGAAUUGUGGUGGCAAGACAGGUCACUACCGGGGGCCCAAGCGAGCAGCAUCAGCUGCUGCAGAGGCCAGCGACUAGAGUUCAGAGGUCAGCGGAUGAUCGGCUGUUCACGUUAGCUGCUGUAGGAUUGACCAUUGCUAUUGCUUAUCUUCUUGUGAAAAAGUUCUUAAAGGCUAGUGAAUUUGGUACCGUCUUCAUGGAUGGGUCGUAAAGAUAUUACAGCGGAGGUGAAUAUGAACUUCAAGCAACUCUUUUGUUCACGGAUAGGAAAGUCUCUAAUUUGUAUAGCUCUUUCCUUUUAUAUUCAGUAAUAUAGACCCAACCUAAUGGGAACUGUGAAUCCUUUUGUGUGUGGCUUUAGGUUGUGCUUGUCAAUAGUUAUUGCCGAACAGUGUGGACUGGCAGAAAAUUCUGAGUCAGGUAUCCCAUAUACAUUACUUGUAUGUACCAAAAUAAUAGUUUGUGCCAGUUGUAUCGGGCUUUAUGUUUUUCGAAUAUUAUGAUGCGUUACCAGUUUACAACAUCA